AUGAAAUGCUUCGAUACAAUCACAGUACAUAUGAGUGGAAAGCUGAAGGUCCAAGAGCGGUAUGCACUGCAUACCAUGUCCUGGGCCCCACAAAGUAGUCAGUGCCGGGACAUCGCCAUCGUCUACAAUUCUUGGAAGCUAUACAUCGUGAGCAUCACCCGACAUCAUAUGCAUAUCAAACCUGGCCACACCUUCGACUCAGUCGUUGAUCAUCUCCAAGAUGACCUUGCCUGUAUCAUCAGAGUACAGUUGAAAUUUCGUGACCUGAUUUUCUCGUCAGUGACAUAG